AAAGCUUUCAAGUAUACACCGAAAGCUCUCGACUUAUUCACCACACCUGAUCGCCCAAUAUUUGUCGUGCAUAGGCACAAGAGUAUUAAUUUUAGAAUUGAUUUUCUUGAAAUGGUUACAGUAUUUAAGUAUAGCUGUUAUGUAAAUAGUUCAAGCUGAAACAACAUACAUGUAUAAAUAUAGUAAUUAAGCAAGAAAUAAGAAUCUUAAUAUUCUAUUCAAGUAGUUGCUUGAAAGCUUUGCCGACGUACCGACGUAAUGUACAUUACAUUGUCUGGUCUACACCUAAGACUCAGGAGGAAGCGAACACUUCUGGAGAUUAUCUUGAUAUGCAUAAUUUUCAUUGCCAUUCACCAGCUUUACACGCAUCGAAAAAGAGUAGAAGAAACGCAGUUGAAGAAAGACAAUGAAGAGCUUGAAGAAUGCCGUGAUUGGCACGAUUAUGCAGCCAUAACACGUGAUGCCGAGCGGGAGGGAUUAGGUGAGCAAGGUCGACCGGCGGUUUUACCAAGUGGCCAUAACAAAGAGGCGGCCGCUGCAAGCUGGCAUACCUACGGCUUCAACGCUUUGCUCUCAGAGCAAAUUUCAGCCGAGCGCGCGGUGCCUGACUUCCGGCACUUGCGUUGUCGCAGCCUAACCUACCGCAAAGUGCUACCCACAACCAGCAUAAUUAUAGUGCAUCACGACGAACACCCAACGGUGGUGCAGCGCACGCUGCACAGCCUCUGGAACCGCACGCCACACGAGCUAUUGCACGAGAUUAUUUUAGUGGACGAUUGCAGCACAGCGCCGCGCUUUGAGACGCCGUUCGAGCGGCAACUGUUAGCGAAAUUCGGCACGAAGCUGAAAAUACUGAAACUUACGACACAUGAGGGCUUGAUAAGAGCGCGUGUUGCCGGCGCGCGUAUGGCGACCGGUGAGGCGUUCGUAUUUCUGGACGCACAUGUGGAGGCCGCACACAAUUGGUUGCCGCCAUUACUACAACCGAUUGUGGACGAUCCACAAACGAGCACCACGCCGAUGAUAGACAUUAUCGAUUACGGCACAUUCGAGUAUAUAGAGGGGGCGCCUGCUCGUGGUGGCUUCAAUUGGAAUUUCGUUUAUGUGGAAUUGCCACUGUUGGCUGAGGAGCAGGCGAGUCUGCCAACACCUCACAAUAAUCCCGUGAUGAAUGGUGGGCUCUUCGCCAUAGGUGCGAGGUUCUUCUGGCAUUUAGGCGCUUACGACGAAGGCUUGGAAGUAUGGGGUGCAGAGCAAUUUGAGCUUAGCUUUAAGAUAUGGAUGUGUGGUGGUCGUUUAUUGGAAGUGCCUUGUUCGAGAUUUGGUCAUCUCUAUCGAGACGAAAAAUUUGAAGUGAAAUACACAAAUGGUACUCAAAAUUAUCAGGAGAAGAAUUUCAAGCGCGUUGCAUCAGUUUGGUUAGAUGAAUACCAAGAUGUACUAUAUAAGCAUAACCCAGAGCUUCGCAAACUCGACGUGGGUGAUAUGAGCGCCAGACGCGCUUUGCGCGAACAGCUUCACUGCAAGUCUUUUAAAUGGUUUCUCGACACCAUAGCGCCAGAUUUGAUGCAGAUGUAUCCACCAGUCGUACCGCCCGAUUUUGCGUUUGGUGCCAUACAGAGCUUUGCUGCGCCCCAUCUUUGUUUGGAUACAUUGCAGCUUCCUGCAAAACAACCGAUGGGUGAUUUACGUUCUUGCUCCUCGAAUCUCAAACAGCCAGUUGCCUCACAAAACUGGCAACUUACCUUCCAUCGCGAUCUACAAACGGCAAACAACAACUGCCUAGAACUACAAUCAAGGGAGCCGAACGCUUCCGUUUGGCUGUGGCCAUGUCAUUACGAGGGCGGCAAUCAGUUUUGGUUUUACGAUCAGCAAACACAGUUAUUGAUGCAAGGCGAACCCUGGAGUGAGCGCAGGUGCUUGGAAGCGAAUGUCACUACACGGCGGGCUUACAUGAAUAUCUGUGAUUCCGGUAAUGUGAAUAUGAAAUGGAACUUUGGUUUUGUGAAUCACACAUUGAUGGCUAACUUCUUUAAGGAUUUAAAAGCAGACGAUGCGAUGCGAUGACAUAACAGAGUCAUCGAGGCGAGGUUCGCUCUUCUAAGCCCAUACAUACAUAUAUAUUAAGCAAAAAUAGGUAGUUAUAUAAUCUACAUAUGUAAUCCUAUCUAAAUCGAAGAUAUAUAUAUAUUGUGAUUUUUUGCAAAUAUCUUGUAACCCCACUUUUACUUUUAUAAUAAUUUAUACUAAUGUGAUCAAUUCAAUAUUUGUUUAUAAUGUUUUCAAGAGGAGGAAAUUAUAAUUGAAGAAUAGUUCCUAUAAUGCAAUUUGCCCUUUAAGUAUAUAUAUAUAUAUAUAUGUAUAUAUAUAUAUUGAAUUGAUCACAUUAGUAUAAAUUAUUAUAAAAGUAAAAGUGGGGUUACAAGAUAUUUGCAAAAAAUCACAUUAUUUAGAAAUAACGGUUGUAUGUUAUUCCGACGACACUGAGCUGAAAGACUGCAGUUAAGUGAAAGUAACACCUCCCUAAUUUGGAUCCAUUUUAAAUUGUCAUUAUUACCAAUUUGUUAUAUUUUUCGUAAAUAUGUUAAUUUGAAAUACAGUUGAACUUCCAUAACUCGAAUCACCAGAAUCCCAAAACGAACUUCGAGUUGUAGAUGUAAAAACAUAAAUAUUUCCAAAAAGUUUUAAAAUAUACAUACAUAUGUACAUUCUAGAUU